AAUGGGGGAAGCCGCCUCCGCGGCGCCGCCCCUCGAUCAGCCGCCGUUCCCGACGCUUUACGUCGGGGAUCUCCACCCAAAUGUCUCGGAGUUGCAACUCCAAUACGUUUUCUCCCCCUGUGGCGCCAUUUCGUCGAUCCAUGUCUGCCGUGAUCGAGCCACCGGAGCCUCCCUUCAAUACGCCUACGUAAAUUUCUUCUCUUUCCUGGAUGCGAAGAAGGCUCUUACGAUGAUGAACCACUACCCUCUGAACGGUAGACCUAUUCGGAUCAUGUGGUCUCAGAGAAACCCCUUGUCUAGAAGGAACGGCAUCGGCAAUCUUUUUGUCAAUAAUUUGGAUUGUGUUGACGCAAUUGCGCUCGAGAAUCUGUUCGCCCAGUAUGGGACUGUGAAAUCUUGCAAGUUGGCGAUGGAUGAGAGCGGCAAAAGUAAGGGGUUUGGUUUCGUCCAGAUGGACACGGAGGAGGCCGCUCAAUCGGCCAUCAGAGCACUCAAUGGCAGAUUCCUUCAGGGUUCAAAGAAGAAGCUAUAUGUAACGAAGUUUGUCAAGCAAGACGAGAGGCAACCAUUGCCCGAAAGACAAAACAAGACUAACCUUUAUAUCAAGAACCUGGAUUGGGCCAUCACAGAUGAGGUCCUGCGGAUGAGAUUCUCACAGUAUGGCACCAUCAGAAGUUUUGUUGUGAUGAAAAAAAAAGAUGGAAAGUCUAGAGGAUUCGGAUUUGUCGACUUCCUUUCUGCAGAGGAUGCUAAGAAUGCAUUAAAUGACAUGAACGGCUUAAAAUUUGGAACCAGGACUGUAUACGUUGGAUAUGCUCAGACAAAGAAGCAACGAAAGGUUUUGCUAAGUCGUCUGUUUGGAAAUUACCAUCUUUUUUAUCAUGAUCAGAAUGCGACUAUCUUUGUGAGAAAUCUCGAGGAGUCAGUUGAUGGUAAAGCCUUGAGGGAACAUUUUGGUGCCUCUGGAAAAAUAUGGUGUGCAAGGGUCAUAUACAAUAAAGUAAAUGGACAGAGCAUGGGAUUUGGAUUUGUACGCUUCUUCUCGACUGAGGAGGCAUAUGUGGCUGUCCAAAGAUUCAAUGGUAUUAAACUUGAAACUCUAAGUUCACUAAUUGUCUGA